GCGGAAAAGACGGAGUUGAACGUUUCUUUCACUUCUGUUUCUGGGUUUACUGAAGCUCAUGAGAGUAAACAGACGCAGUGUUUACCUUUCCUGCAUCUGUGCCGUGAUCCUCGUCGUAACUCUGACCUGGACCGUCUGGACUCACAUGGCUAACUCACCGUCCAGCGCCGCAGGGUCAAAGAGGGACCACAGUCUGGACUACUUUCUGAAGAAAGGCACAAUACAGGAGAGGGAUGCUGCGGAUGUCAACUGGUAUCAUGCGGCCAACAGCAAGGACAAGAUUAAUGAAGCACUUGAAGGUCCUGCCCAGAUGAUUGAAGCUGAUGUUCUACUCAGGGGUCAUGACCCAAAGGAACCCAUAAUGGCACAUCCUCCUUAUACAGACAGUGACAUUACACUGCAAGACUGGCUGAGUGUGGUGGUGACCUCAGACAAGGGCAUUAAGUUAGACUUCAAAAGCCUAGCAGCAGUGGAGCCAUCCAUGGCACUUCUGGAAGAGGCCCGGGCUCAGCUAGAAGGACCCGUGUGGAUCAAUGCAGACAUUCUUUCAGGGCCUGGGGGCCUUGCGACUCCCUUAGAUGCCCAGGCUUUUCUUCAGGAAGUGGCUUUGAGAGCGGAGGGGGACGUGCUGUCACUGGGUUGGACCACUGGAUGGUCUCCAGAUACAGACAACCCAGGUUACAGCUGGGAGAUGGUUCAGCAGAUGGAAGCAAUUUGUAGGCCACUGAGGCAACCAGUGACAUUCCCAGUGCGAGCUGCUCUUCUGCCCCAGUCCUUCCCACAGUUACAGUGGCUCUUGCAGCAGUCUGAUAGGUACACUCUGACUGUAUGGACAGGCCAAAGGGACGUGUUGAAUGUGGAGGACCUGUUACCCUAUAGGCAAAACUUCAACAAAUCUAGGAUCUACUACGAUCUGCUAGAGUCUCAAAUAUCAAAGUUCAAAGCACUACCUAGGUACAACUGAAAGAGAAGAAGUGGCACCGAGUUCAGGAGGAGAUGACCUUCUAUUAUAUUGAGUGUACAAGUUGAAGGUAUUGUGUCAGAGAUGAAAAAACCUGCUUAAGAUUCCACCGAUUUCUCAAAACGUCUGUAUAAUUUAAUUGUUACAAUGUAAAGUAAUUCAGAGUGAUUUGAGGUGAAAUGCAUCUAGAGAAUUUAUCUAAGUAAUCUUGUUUAUAGUGAUGGUAAUAGGAACCAUGUGUGAGUGUAAUGCCUCUAAAGGAUGCCUCACAAAAUGGUAUUCCAUGAUAUGGUUUCCAAUAGGCCUCCUGAUAUCCUGAUAUCAGACACUGAUAUGAGACAUUGUUCUACGAUUUAUAUUUUGAGAUAAGGUUUUGGUCUAAAAUGUUUUAUUUUUUAUUUUAUUUAUUUAUUCAUGGCAGAAAGGUGCAUGCCGGGUAUAUCACUUUUUUUUUUUACCAUUAUGAACACUGCAUAUGGAAACUCAGUUUACUGGGCAUUUUGGAUAACAAAAAGAUUAUAAUGGCUUUGUAGACAUUGUGACCCCUGCUUCCUUUCACCUAUUAUCAUCACUGUAAAGAAAUCUUAGUUGGUAAUUGUCUAUACUAUACACUGUUUUACAUCAAGCCACUCUGACUUUGUUUACAUAUCAGCAACUACA